AUGAAGACUGCUGAUAUGAAGACCUCGGAAACUCCUCACAAUGCAUGGAAAGUUCCAAGUCCAAUUUUCAAAGACCAGCUGGAAAAAGGCGGGAAAGCAAGUGCGUUAAGACCAACUUUAAGUAUAAGUCCUUCACAUACAGUUCUGAUGCAAUUAUCGAGGAAACAUAAGUCCGAUUCAUUUUAUCAAAAUAAACAUAAGAUGACGUUUGAAAUGAUGCAGAGGAUUUUCACGGCUCCACAUGAUUUUCAAGAAUUUCUUUCAAAAGACGAAAAUGUUCUUGAGGCAAUCAGUGAUGAGGGUCUUUUUGAAGCUGCACGUCUAGCAAAUCCUAUUCUUCCGCAGUACCAUCCCAAACAACUAAUUGAACUAUUGAAUUCUGGUCGAAUUCGUGAAGUUAAAGCGAUCCUCUUGCAUGUUCUUAAAUGUUUGAAGCACUCUAUCGCGUCAUCAGUACCGAAUCCAUUAUCGUCUUCGUCAUCAGUUCGCCGAAUUUCGAUGUCCGAAACAGUUGAUACGAUGAUCGCUCAGCAGAAUAUGAAUCAAGAAGAAUCAAGAAGAGGUCUUUCUGACACUUUCGACGAUAUAAAUUCAGAAUAUGCGGAAUUAGAUAGCAUUGCACCUUUGCCUCUUUACCUUUUGAUGUCUGUUGACGAUUUUUCUGUUGCAGAGGGAAGAACAAUCACAUGCGGAAAUGAGGAUCAAUAUAAUUCAUUGUUUGAAACUGGGCAGAAUAAUGACGAUUUGGAUGAAAUGCUUAAUAUGGAUAAUACCGACAGUGAUACUCGGCACUCUCGACAACCAUCAAUGACAAGCGAUGUUGCCUUGGCUAAUACCGGCAUAUUGAAAGACCAAAUAUCAACGGUAUUUACGGCGAAACACAAUCGCAUAUUGACUGAGUUGCUUACUCAUAUCCAUUUGCCAGGGUUAUCGACUGUUGAUCAGAUGCAUUUAUUGGCCAUUGCUGAUACAAUCAGCCAUUUUUCUGCUGAUGCAAUGGAUAAACUCGCGCAAGCUAAUGCUGCACUCAAUAUAACCCAGGUUCGUGUGCUCAAUGAUGCUGGUAGUGGUUACGCUGCAACAGCAAGAGGAAUCGAAAGCGUCGAUGAAUGCGGUCUUCGUUUUCUUAUGGCUAUGAAACAACAUGAAUAUCUUUUGCUGUGUCUUCCACUAUUGCAAAAAAAAGUUCUAAAGCAGAAAGGUAUUUCUUCUUCUAAUAUUAUUUGGGCAUUGCAUUCUGAAACUGAAACAGAGCUCCUAAAUGCUAUUCCAUCAUUACAUAAAGUAAAUUUAUGUUGGGAAGAUUUGCGUUCAUUGGGUAUAGCAUGGUGGUUGAAGAAUACCUCUUCCUUGAAAGUUGUUAUCGAAAAGUUAGCAAAAUCUGCUUUUCAAUUGCAUCAAAAUCCAAUGGACGCAUCUUUAUAUUAUAUGGCUAUAAGAAAAAAGAACGUGUUAACACAUUUAUUCAAGACAAUAAAGGACCAGAAAAUGGCUGAUUUUUUUAUGCAAGAUUUUGCGGAAGAGCGUUGGAAAAAAGCUGCAUUAAAAAAUGCUUUUGUUCUUAUGGGAAAACAACGUUUUGAAAAUGCUGCAGCGUUUUUUUUGCUUGCAGGAUCACUUAAUGAUGCCAUUAUCCUCAACAAAUUAAAUGAUCUGCAACUUGCCAUGGUCAUUAUAAGACUAUAUGAGAAUGAUCUUGAAAAGCAGUGUGCUAUGAUGAGACAGUUAUUAUGCCAUGAGAUUCUUGGUAUUAAUGAUGGAAAUAAUGCCAAUAAAUGCUGCAGUGUUGAUUCACCAAAAGCUAGCCGUGACCCUUUUGAGCGAUCGAUGGCCUUCUGGCAUCUGAAAGAAUAUUCUCAGGCCGCUUCGACAUUACUUGAAGAAGGUAGUAAGGAUCAUUUCGAGUGUCCUGCAGACUGCUCACUUUCAGAUAUCUUCAAUUUUUACAUAUUUCUUCGCAAUCAUCCUCUGGUUAUGCGUCAAAAACUCGCUGAUGUGGAAGUUCAGGUGGGUCUCAAUGAAAAAUUUCUGGUUAUUGCCAAGCAUGUUAAAGCUUAUGUCACACCUAAUGAACGCCGUUUAUAUUUUCGCACUGCAAGUGCGCAUUUGGUUUCUGGAUGUCCGUUCCUUGCUUUAAACGUUUUAAAACGCUUACCGAAAGAAAUGAAUCUUGUUGAACCCGAUUCAUCGUCUUUAUUAAAUCUUUUCAGUGGUAAUAAGAACUCGAAAAUAAAACGUGAUACUGUAGAGAAUUUUGAUUGGUCAGCUCCAAGCAGAAUUUUAAAAGAUGAUGAUCUAGAAUUAGAAUGGAGUGAUGAUGACCGUGAUAAUGAUGUUCUUAGCAAUACUGCCAAAGAAAAUGGAAAUGUGCAAAUGAAUAAUCAGCGAAUCAAUUUUGUUGAGCCUUUAAUUUCGCAGUAUACUUUUGGUGUAUUCACCACCGAUUAUAAAAUCGCAAAACAUGACGAUGGGUUAUUGAUGCAGUUAUGUAGAGGGCGAUAUAAACUUUUACAGGAAAGUAGUGUUAAUAGUCAUCUUGACGUUAUUGCUCAGCAUAUGAAAUUCGUUGCAAUUUUAAGAAUUUUGGUGCAGGAAUUAUCAACUUUAGCAAGUGGAUUUGAAGUUGAUGGUGGACAGUUAAGAUUCCAGGCGAGUUCCUUAAUUUUUAAAUGGUUAGAAAAAGAAAUAGACGUUCUGAAAGAUUUGUGUGAUUCUGAAACAGUUGAUAACGGCAUAAUAUUUGAUGAAUGGGAAGAUGUGGACGAUUCUUAUGACGACUUGAGUAGUACGAAUAUGCCUUUGCAUGAAGCAUUGCAUUCCGAUCAUCUGCAGCUUGCUAUUCGCACGAAAACAACUCUACUUCGUCGUAAUUGGCUUAAUAAAAAUCAAAAAUUGAUUAGAGCGUUUACCCUUUAUUGUACUUUGCAUAGCGCGCAAAAUCCUCGUUUGACUUCUGCAUUAAUGGAAUUGCUUCUUUUGCUUCUUGAAAUACAACAAGAACCAAUGCCUGUGCUAUCGUCUUUUCCUCUUUUAAUGGCUUCUGUAUCAUCUAAUAAAAUGUUCGUAUCUUCGCCGUUACGAUUCCUCAAUAAUCAGUGUUCUGAUAUUUUGUUAUCACUAGCAGAAUUGGAAGAACCUCCAAGGCUUGAUACAUCAUUUGGCAAGAUAUAUAUGCUGUAUAGUUUGUGCCAAGGUUUGUCGUCUUGUUUGUAUCAGUCCUUGUGCGAUGUUGAAAAUUUUUGCCAGUCAUGGACGAAUCAGUCAUUGGGAAUUUUAACGCGGCGACCUCGUUUCGUAAGUUCUAAUGAAAACUUGGUAGUGACAACAAUUCCUUCAAAAUGGCCGGGCGUGGACAGCCUUGUUGCCUUGUUGUGCCGUGAAAAGGGUGAAGAAACCUCACAUUUACGAUUGUUACUCGUCCAGGUCUCUACAUCUCUCUUUGUUUAUGCGUUCACUGCUUACGAUUCCCGAUGGCUAUAUCGUUUAGCUGCUCAAUCAAUCGAUUCAAAGCGAUUUGCUAGCAUUUUUGGUGGUGGUGGGGAGAAACGGAUGAAAGCUGCACAGCCUAUUCGACCUCCAAAGCCUGAAAUCGUACAUUCCUCUACAAAAAAUGAUGAAAUAUCUACUGAGGAAAAAACUUCAGAUUCUUUGGCAUUUCGGAGUAAAUAUAAUGCUAAGAUUUUUGGUUCGGCAUGUGUUACUGCAAAUGUUUCAUUUCAUCCAAAUGUAUCUUCUGUUAUGUGUCCAUCUGAACAAACAGUCUACCGUUGGGUGGCACCCAAAAAAAAUAUUGUUCAAAUGUUUGCUGAAAAACCCAACAUGGAAACUAAAGAAGAACUUGGAUUUGAUUAUGAUUCUAAUGAUGAAAUUAGUGCGGAUGUUGAUGUGAAUGAGGAUGAAAAUGGUGAAAAGAAAAAAGUUAUUGAGAACAAUAAUCCAGAAAGCUUUUCUUGGGCAAUCAUGCGUUUAGCACUUGUUCAACAGCAUUUGUAUAGGCUAAAACAAUUUGUUACACUGGCUGGUUUUGAUCUCAUCGAACUACCUGCAGUCUCUCCAAAAGUCAAUUCAAUUUUCGUUUUACUCGAAUCGUGGGGAAGGCAACUAGUUGAAAAAUUAUCAACAUAUCCUACUAGCUGCGCAGUCGAAUUACUUCCAAAUUCUGCACUUGAUCAGACCGACAAUCAUCUUGGUCCGUUGUUACGUAAAUAUCGAGUUUUACUAGAACCUAGAAACACUCCAUUUGAAUGCGAUGAUCGUAUAAUGCUACCAGUUCGACGCUUAUGGUCUUAUCUUGUUCGCCAGAAUCAUCUUAUGCAAAUAUUUAUUCGGCAUAUAUUCCGAAGAAAAGAAGAAGAGGAACAGUUGAAUGCGAAACAGGAAGGAACCAUUGUUGACAACGAUCAACCCCAUGAAGUUUACAAAAUAGUUCAGAGAGAAAAUGAACCAAUCACUGCUUUUGCUUGCAGUCAAAUAAAACCAAAUUGGUUGGUUGUCGCUACAACUCGCGAACUACAGGAACUCGACAUAAGUUCAUUGUUGAAUUGCUAUCAAAAUAUACAAUCAUCUUCGUGGUUAAAUAAUAGAACUGAACUAGAUAUAAGUCUUAAUGAAUUAAAACAAGAUGUAGUGAAGGCCAAUGAUGAUUAUCAACUUCUAAUCGAUGAUGGAAGAAAAGUAUCUUCAACAAACUUUUUACUUAAACGACAUGUUACUGGUAUUCGAAGAAUGGAUUCACAUCCAUCAUUACCUUAUUAUAUUAGUGGAUCAGCGGAUGGGUCCAUACGUUUAUGGGAAUGGGGCACUGGCCAACCUUUAUUCACCCCUCGAGUGGCUGGGCAGUAUGCAAAGAAUCAAAAAUGUCAUUCGAAAUCCGCCUCAGAUGUGAGAUUCCUCGAUUCAUCAUCAUCAGUUCUUGUCACUGUUGGGAGUGGUUCCAGUGACCAAAAUGUUUGUUUAUGGGAUACAUUAAUGCCUCAGUCGAAGGCUUUAGUACAGUCGUGGACAGCGCAUCCCGAGGGUGCAGCUUCCGUCUUAUAUUUUCCUUCUAAUCAAACUAUCGUUUCUGGUGGCAGACGUGGCGAAAUUUGCUUUUGGGAUCUAAGACAACGACAGUUGCGUGGUACAUUGAAAGCCUUCGAUAGUUCUAUUGUGAAAUGCUUGAUUACUGAUCCCUCAAAUGAAUAUAUUAUUGCUGGUUCAAGUGAAGGCGAUAUAAUAGUUUGGACCAACGAAGUCGCACCACAGCUACAUAUGAAAUUUAGUGGUGAGCAUGCCAAUCGUGUUGGUUUUAGUCUGCGGCAAGUGGCAUCAAGUAGUGUUCAGGGUGUUCAACAGCUUUAUAUGGAUUCCCAAAUGCGAUUAUUUUCAUGUGGCGGUGAUAGCUCAUUAAAAUUACGGCAAUUCGGUAAUAUUUAUUAA